AUGUCGCAAGCCUCGGACAAUGUUUCUCAAAAUGUCACUCCAAAUACGUCGAAAUUAACGCAAAAGGUUCCAAAAAUUGUUUCUUCUCCUGUUAAACCUCGACAAGGUUCGGUAUUCCUUGUAAAUUCGGAAAACUCCAAAUGUGCUUUAUGCAAUCGCGAUUAUCUCAUCUAUAAAUGUCCCACAUUUCUCGCAAAAUCACCACAAUCUCGUUAUGAAAUAGUAAAGUCCAAACAAUGGUGUCUUAAUUGUCUUGGUGCUAAACAUUUAUUGCGCAAUUGCAACUCGUCGUCGACUUGUCGAGACUGUCAUCAACGCCAUCACUCUCUUUUGCAUUUUGUUAGUUCGAAUACGCUCUCAACUCAGUCCAAACCCGCAACAAUUUCGGAAAAUCCAAUCGCUCCAAUAGAUACUUCCCCUAAAUCGCUAGAUUCGCCUACUCGCAUUAAUUCGCUCACUAAUUUGAUUCCGUCGCAGUCUGUAUUGUUGUCUACCGCUGUAGUUGAAGUCCAGGAUUCGUUAGGACAGUUCCAAGAAGUUCGCAUCCUCUUAGAUAGCGCUAGUCAAGCGAAUUUCAUUACAAAAAAUUGUGCAGAGCGCUUAGGAUUAUCACGCAAAACUUCGACCUUUAUAAUUAAAGGCUUGGGAGGCAUGAAUGAUAAGGCCUCAAAAGAGGUUUCAUGCACUCUUCGAUCGAAAAAUGAGCCAUCUAUUCGUUUUUCAAUUAACGCAAUUCUUUUUGACAAAAUUUGCGAUGAUAUGCCAAGCGUAUCAUUCUCAACUUCCGGUUGGACCAACCUAAUGAAUUUGACAUUAGCGGACAGUCAAUUUAAUCUUUCUCGUGGUAUUGACAUGUUAUUGGGAGCGGAUAUUUUUCCUCUUAUCUUAGAAUCUGGUCGCCUUCUCGGAAAUUCGGACGUUCCCACCGCUAUGAACACAAAAUUUGGUUGGAUUCUUAUGGGUCAAUUUCGGUCAAAUACGCAUAGGAAGCACAGUUCUUCACCACACCUUCAUAGUUUUUGCGCAACAAUCGAAUCAUUCGACACAAUACCUCUCGAAAACAUCGUCAAACAAUUUUGGGAAAUUGAAGAGCCUAAUCUGGUCGAUUUGUCGUUCCCAUGUUGUUUAAAGAAGACGAUCCUAUUUUUCCCGUCAAUCGAGCGUCGUCUCAUUAAAAACCCCUUGCUUUACGAAGACUAUAAGGCCUUUAUGAACGAAUAUUUAGAUCUUGGCCACAUGCAGCUCCUUACAAAUGGAAAUUCGUCGGAUGGAUAUUAUAUUCCCCACCACUGUGUUAUAAAGGCUGAUAGUCCUAGCACAAAACUUCGCGUAGUUUUCGAUGCCUCCUGUCCUUCGUCAGAAGGCAAAUCUCUCAAUGAUAGUUUAUUUGUAGGUCCAAAACUUCAAAAGGACAUUUUGACUAUUCUUUCACGCUUUAGAGUUCAUCCCAUCGUGUUCACCGCAGAUAUACGACAGAUGUAUCGUCAAAUUUUGAUUCUUCCUGAACAUCGCAAAUUUCAGAAAAUUUUGUGGAGAAACUCCCCACAGGAACCCGUUCAGGAAUAUCAGUUAAAUACCGUUACCUACGGAGUGUCGUCUUCUCCCUUUUUGGCAAUUCGCACAUUAGGCGAACUUGCAUCUCUGGAAAAAACUCGAUUUCCUCUCGCUUCCGAAGUCCUGGUUAACGAUGUUUAUAUCGAUGACAUUAUUACAGGUUGCUCUUCGAUUGCUGAAGCUCAUAAUUUGCGGGAUGAACUAAUUGACUUGCUCAGUACUGCAGGUUUCGAAUUAAGAAAGUGGUCUAGCAAUGACCCUACCGUUUUAAACAAAAUUCCUCUUUCACAUCAAUUAGAUCAAGCCCUUGCGUUCAAUAGUGAAUCAGAGUUUUUCGUUAAAGUUUUGGGACUGCAAUGGAACCCGCGUAACGAUAGUUUUUCUUAUAGUAUUCAACCGUUCAAUCGUCCGUGCUCAAAACGAUCGCUUUUGUCUGAAUUGGCUCGCAUAUUCGACCCUAUUGGGUUUUUGGCUCCUUUAACUUUUUACGCAAAACGUUUAAUUCAGUAUCUAUGGACUUUGAAGUUGUCUUGGGAUGACUCGCCUCCUGACGACAUUAUUUCGAGUUGGACGCAAUUUUGUUCGGAACUUCCCCAAUUAGCGACUUUGCAAAUUCCCCGAAAAAUUAUCGUAGAAAAAGUUCGGUUGUGUACCCUUCAUGGUUUCUGCGACGCUAGUGAGUCUGGUUACGCCGCAGUGGUCUAUUUACGAAGCGUCUCAGUUACCCAUGCAAUAGAAAUUCGUCUCAUUUGUGCAAAGUCAAAGGUAACGCCGUUGAAGAAAAUUUCCAUUCCGCGUCUAGAGUUAUGUGCGGCAGUUUUAUUGGCCAAGUUAAUAGAUUACACCCUUACCACGUUUAAAGGUGUCAUAGAGAUUGAACAAGUUUACGCGUGGUCCGACUCUACCAUAGCCCUUUCGUGGAUUCAAUCGUCUCCUCACCUUUGGAAGGUAUUUGUUAGCAAUAGGGUUGCUCUCAUUCAAUCGUUAGCACCCACUGCUACUUGGCAUCACGUUUCGUCUGAUGACAACCCCGCCGAUUGCGCGUCUCGUGGUUUAAAUCCAAUGCAUCUCCUGCAGCACCUGCUAUGGUGGGCGGGGCCCACUUGGUUACGCAAUUUUGAUUUGGUCGUAGGUAAAUCGGAGAUACCAGAUUUGGAAAAUGACUCGAUAAUGGUAGAAGAACAACGCAAGGUUGUCUUAGUUCUUCAAACAGAAGAAAAUUGCGGUACUAAUUUCGUUGGUGGCUAUCGCGAGCUUAAUCGUCAUAUGAAAUCAGCCGCAGAACGUGAACGUCUUCGGUGGCAUUUUAACCCCCCAUCAGCCCCUCACUUUGGAGGGAUUUGGGAGGCCGGCAUUAAGUCGGUCAAAACCCAUUUACAUCGUCUUAUAGGAGAGCAAAUCCUCACAUUCGAAGAAUUGUAUACGGUUCUAACUCAAAUUGAGUCAGUACUUAAUUCGCGUCUUCUUUGCCCGGUUAGCGCCGAUCCUAACGACCUCUCAGUUUUAACCCCUGGCCAUUUCUUGACGUUAGAACCUCUUAGCGCACCUCCUGAUUCAGACUUAUCGUCAUUGAAAAUAAAUCGAUUAACGCGCUGGCAAUUAGUCCAACGUCUGCACCAAGAUUUCUGGUCACGAUGGCAUCAGGAAUAUUUACACACUCUUCAGCAACGAAUUUUAAGUGGUGGCGCGCGUGUGACCUUGAAGAAGUUGGUGUUGAGUUCUUGGUUUGAAAAGCGCAUCAGGUAG